GUGCUCCGCCAGCCCGCUGCUCGUGAUCGCCAGAGCGCCAGGCCCCGUCCCCCUCCCGCGCCAUAUUCCACCGAAGCCUCGAGCUCUUCCGCCAGAGCCCGCCCCGGCUCUCGCCCGCGCCACGCGCCCUGCCCUCUGCGCCCGUCGCGCAAAGGUCGCCCGCCAGCUCCGAUGCCAGCAUUCGACCGCUGCUGCUAACAUCACCGCCGCGCGGCAUCCGCCCCGAGUACCGUCUUGCGCAAACCGCCUUCAGGCCCCGCCCCACAAUGUCCGCCCCGCAGGUGACUGAGCUCGAGGAUCCGCUCGACGAGGUCGCGCCAGAGAUCCUCGGAUUCUCCCCAUUGAGCUCUGGUCGUGCAGGAGGCGCCAAAAAGAUCAAGCUCCUCCCCUCGCCGUGGUCCACGGACAAUCUCCCUCCGCCGUCUGCGACACUGCUGGCCGUUGCGCCACGCCGCGCGCUUCUGGCAGCAGCUUCCCCCGACAAGCUUGUCAUUGCUUCGACGGAAAAGGUCCGAAAGGCCUUCCAAGAAAAGGGCAACGAGUGGGAUGUCGUAACAAACUUCUCCCCGGAUGCGGCACUGCCAGUCCCACAGCUGCGACAAGUAGUCUUCUCCGCUGACGAAGAUUUCCUGGUUACCAGCCCAGAACGUGACGGGGGCUUGUCAGUGUACUCGGUGGACGCUUUGCUCAAAGGCAACACCCAGCCUGAUGUCCAGAUCGCCACCAACAACACCUCCGUUCGAGCGCUAUUGCCAAACCCUUCCGCAGGCCAUGCGCAUUACAUGGCAGUAAUCCUUGAUUCAGGCCGGCUGGAUAUAACAGAUGUCUCCACGGGCAACGCGAGGACGGUUCACAACGCAGGGGUAACGUGCGCCUCCUGGAGCGUCAAGGGAAAGGCAUUCGUGGUCGGGUUCGAGGACGGAACUGCUGCAAUUCACUUGAUCAGCUCCAUGGACCAGGUCAAGGCAAGAGUUCCACGCCCAUCCAAAGUGGACGACAACUACAUCGUUUCGGCAGUGAACUGGUUGAGCAACGAGGAGCUCUUCCUGAUCUACUCUCCCCGCGAUGGUGUUGAGCAAUUAACGUACUGUCUCGUUACUACCAACAAGGAAUACAACAGCUUCACAUUCCGCGAGACUCCAUGGGAAUUGAUCUUUAGUAGCACGGAUGGCCCUACCCGCUCAUCCCCACCUCGCUUCUAUAUGCAGCGACUCAGAAAGUGGGAACCUGACCUGGAUGAUAUGAUCAUCGUCACCGCUUCUCAUUCCUCAGAAGUUGGUGUCGUCACGCGUUCUCAGAAGCCCAUAGGUCCCGGAGUGGCUACCGUUAAUGAGUACCAAAUGGCCACCCUGCACGAUCACAGGAAAGCAGCACUUCCACAAAUACCCAAGAAAGACCCAACAGAUAGUGCUUUGAUUGGCGAAGCUCUGGAUCUCUCCGCCAAAGAGAAGGUAUCCCGACCCAGUGCUAGGCUGGAGGAAAUUGACGAAUCGCCUACACCCUUACCAGCAUACUUUAUGCUCACACACGAAGGUCUGCUGGCAGGAUGGUGGGUUGUAUGGGACAGAGCUCUUGAAGCUGGCACCGCGUAUUCUGGCCUUGUAUCUGGAGACUCACCGGCCACUGUCAACCAAACCGCGCCAGCGGCUCCGGCGUCUCAACCAGCACAACCAUCAUCUUCUACCUUCGGACAGGCUACACCAUCCCGGAGCUCGCCAUUCGGAAACCCACAAUCUACCCCAGCUUUCGGAAAGCCAACUUUUGGAGCCCCAUCCUUUGGAAGCCCCUCGGCCCCUACAGGCGGCUUAAACUUUGGAAAACCUAGCUUCCCUGGCGCAAAUUCACAAACACCUGCCAAGUCCAAUCCUUUUGCGCCUGCAGGAUCAGCCUCACAGACUUCUAAGAUAGCCAAUCCUUUCGGCGCUGGUGCCUCUGCCUCACAAAGCGAUAAACCGAAUCCGUUUGCUGCCGCUGCCGCUGCCGCUGCCGGCAAGUUUGGUACUGGGAGUCCGGGCGCAUCCCCUUUCUCCAGUUUCAGUAGCAACAAGGAUGGCCAGUCAGCUUUUGGAGGGCUUCGGCAGAAGUCGGAAUCAGGAUUUGGGGCUUUUGGGCAAAAGUCGGAAUCUCCUUUCGGCGGCCUAGGACAGAAGCCGCUAUCAAGCUUCGGCUCCACGGUCACAGUGGACUCGAAAGCAACCGGUCCGGGUUCUACGCUGCCUUCAUUGAGUAACACUCCCGCACAACAAAGUAGCUCGCUAUUCGGAUCUGGUGCACCCUCGUCCUUCCAAUCUUUCACAUCCACGCAAUCGGGUUCGACAGACAUAGGCAACCGUGGAAGGGAUGAAGCGACCCCGACUCCUCAACCUCAGCCCCAACUCAAAGAAGUAGCAGGAGUCUUUGGUGGCAAAUUCGAACUCAAGAGCACUUCCAAGGGGGAUGGAUCUGCAAAAGAUGACUUACCCAAACCUGACACACCGUCUGGGGGCUCAUUCUUUGGCAAUGGGUUUGGUUCCGCAUUGCCCAGCGCGGCCUCGAAGCCGCCCGCCACUCCAGCAAAGGAUGCCAAUAAGGUGCCGCUAUUCGUUUCCACCACUCCAGCAACCGCUCCCAGGCCGUCGACCGGACUGUUCGGUAUGAGGCCAGAUAGCGCGACCCCGAAAGCUGCUCCACAGAAAGAGUCCAUACCGGAACCGGAAGAGGCACCUUUGCCUCCCGACUGGACUGCCAAACCCUCCAAGACGGACGAGGAGAUUCCUCCGCUUGCUGGCAGUCCUCCCAUCAAAAUUGAGGCUCCGUCUUCGUCAGGUGACAUGGACGAGCUCCCUUCAUCGGAGGACGGAGAAGACGGAGAUCUGAGCAAUCCAGAUGAGGAUGAAGAAGGUGAGGAGGAAUCAGAGCUCUCGGAGGAGGAAGAACAGACGGGCGAUGAAGGAUCAGAACAAUCAGCACCAUCACAGGAAGCAAAACAUACCAUCUUUGGAAAUAGGGCAAACGCGGCGCCCAGUUUCUUUUCAGCUGCACCAACACCGCCGCCUCAGAGGGCUCAAUGGCCUCCAACAAAUCAAAAUCCGUCAUCGAGCUCGCUCUUCAGUGGAACGCGGCGGGACCCAUUAAGCUCAUCAAUUCAGCCGCAACCCAAGCCGCCUACGCCUCAACCUGUCUUCUCGGACCUUGUAGAUGACGAGGACGAGCGGAUACGACAGGAGCUUCAAAGCGAGAUCGAGCCUAGUAGGACGCUCGCGCCUUUCAUUGCUCGGCAAGAGUACACCGAAGCGGCAUUGAACAAGACCGGCCAUGCGGCUCAGAUCGAGAUCGUUUACCGGGACAUCAAUAGUAUGGUGGACACGCUUGGCCUCAACUCGCGAACACUGCAAGCGUUUACCGAUUUCCACGAGAACCCGCAGCGCGACUCCCAGCUCGAUCGUUCGGCCUUGGAAGAAGUGCUAGACGACGGCCAGGACGGCCCAUGGUUCGAAAACUGGUCUCUCUGCGAGAUCGAAGACCUCAUGGAUAUCGAAGACCAAUUCUCACACGAAGUCGCCACGGGCGGUAUACAGAAGGUCGUCGACAAACUCACCAAGCUCGUCCGCAUCAUCCAAGAUAACGCCAAGCUCCAGUCCAAAGUCAAUGAAGAACGCCGCCGCAUCAUCAACGCCAAAGACCCCGAGAAACUCGAGGCGCUCCGCAAGGCCGGCCUGCCCAAGGAGCUCGCAGACCAGCAGAAAGCGCUGCGGAAAGACUACGCGCAGCUCCUCACGCAGCUCGGCAAGGCGGAGGACGCGCUGAUCCUGCUCCGCUCGAAGCUAGCGUCUCACAGCGCGCAGAACGGCCACACGGGAGCGGUGCCGAGCGUCGAGGCGAUCAAGAAAACGAUCGGCAAGCUCAUCGACAUUACCAAGGAGAAGGGCCAUGACAUCACCCUCCUCGAGAGCCAGCUCCGCAAAGUCAACUUUGCAAACGAGAACGGCCGGCCCGCGUCUGCGUCGUCCCGCAACGCUGCUACCCCGCUGCGCAAGUCGCGCGCAAGGAUCCCAGAGCGGGAGAGUCCCUUUGCCACGCCGCCGACGAGCAGGAAGAGUGUAACCCUCCGCGAACUCAACCAGGUCGCCAUGACGCCCGAGCAUAACGAGACGCCGAGCAAGGGGUAUGGCUUGUUCUACACGCCGCAGGGGAGUCUGUCGGGCGCAGAAGGAAAUUUGGCAGGCUUGGCGGAUAGGGUGGACGAUGAGUUGGAGAGGCUGAGAGAGACGGCGAGACGGAGGAGGGAUAUUGCGGAUACGCUCAAAGCCGCGCUCGCGGAUAGGGGGGUGAAGCGGACGACGGUGGCGUAGGGGCGGGAUGGGGAAGGGUGUGUGUAUGACUUCAAGUGGUGUUCCGGGGUGUUUGGAUAUGAUAUGAGAUGGUUGUGGUUUGAGCGAGCAUUAGCGUUUUUGGAGGGGGUAUUAAAGGGGGAUAGUAGUUGUGUCUACGAGGUAGUGGCAUCGAACAUCGACAUUACAC